AUGGCACCCCCACCGCCUGCCUCUCUGCCAUUGGGCCAGAGGCUAAUCCAUCUCGCACAAACAUUGCAAUUUGGCUGGUUCGUAGGCCACCUAACGCUCCUUUUCUCUACGCUACGAUAUGGGCUUUCAUACAUCACGUUCCAUACUGCCUCGGGCUCGGCUCGCUUUUCUUAUCGCACGGCCUUCGUCGCAGCUGCAGCUACAUAUGGCAUCGUGGUCUACAAAGCUGCAAGAGCUCGAGCUCGCGGUGGAAGCCGUCAACCUGGUGGACCUUUAGCCUUGGCUGCUGAUGAAAAUGUACAAUAUCUGGCAAUGGCACUUAUCUGGCUCUUCUCCCGUCAGGUCCCCCUUGCUCUACUUCCCUUCGCAGUCUACUCCGUCUUCCACGUCGCCACUUACACCCGCACAAACCUCAUCCCAACUCUGCAACCUCCUCAGCCUGCAGGCCCCGCAAGUGGUGCUUCGCCAGGCGGAAAGCCAGCGAUGAAACCCAACGCCCUUGCCGAUAUGAUCGGAAGGUUCGUCAAGGAAUACUACGAUGCCAGCAUGACUCUGGUCGCUUCUCUCGAGAUUUUCCUCUGGUUCCGCCUUCUGGGCUCUGCUUUCAUGUUUCAGAAAGGAAGCUGGAUCUUGAUAAUUAUCUACACCGUCUUCUUCCGCGCUAGAUAUUCCCAGAGUACCUUUGUCCAGGGGGCCAUUCUCCAAUUUGGAAGGAGGAUCGAUUCGUUCGUUGCUCAGCAAUCUACACCACCUGUGGUCAAGCAAGGCUGGGAAUCUGUCAAGCGUGCUAUUGGCCAGGCAGCGGAUGCUACUGAUGUCAACAGCAAGAAGCUCGUAAAUCAGGAGCGUCUGUGGAACCAUCCUCGAGUGGAUAACAUUGUUCCGGAGAUGGAGCAGCUGGAUGACUCUUAUGUCGAUAGCAUACACUUACGGGCGAAACGUUAUGUACUUGAGCUUCACUUCUUACAGCCUGUGGCCGCUAUUACAGAGAUCUUUAUUCCCGUAGAAACUUGCAAUGAACAUAGAAAUCAAUCUUUGACAAUUUUGACAAUUUUGAGUAUUGUGCUUAUCGUCUUACAUAUGUGCCAACUUACUGCCAUGCAAGGUUGA